GUCAUGUAAGCCAAGAGGGAGGUAGCCGGGGAAGGGGAAAAAACAUGAGUUAUUGGACUCCAAAAGAGGAUGAGGUGCUAAUAAAGGCUUUGCAUGAGUUGGCUAUCGUCCCCAAAUGGAAGAGCGAAAAUGGGUUUAAAAGCGGUUACAUGAACAAUUGGAGGAAAUGCUUCAUUCUAAGAUGCCUUCUUGUGGUCUAAGAGCGGAACCUCAUAUUGAGUCAAGGCUAAAAUAUUGGUCAGACAAAUACACCGCUUUGGCUGAGAUGUUAACCAUUAGUGGAUUUGCAUGGGAUGAUGAAAGAAAGAUGCUCCAAACAGAUAAAUGUUUUUGAUACUUGGACUAAGACUCACAAGAAAGCCAAAGGGCUUUAUGGGUGCCAUUUCCACACUUCGAGACACUUGCUGAAAUUUAUGGGAAAGAUCGAGCUACUGGAGAUGUGGCGGAGUCAUAUGUUGGUGCGAUCAAAAAAUGGAAGCAGAGGCAACUAGUGAGAGAGUGACACUUGAUAAUGAUGAUGACGAUGACGAUGAUGCUGAUUCCACCAUAGUAAAGGGGAAAAACCCAGCUAUUGAGACAACUAGUGAGGGUCUUGAACCUCCUAUGAAGAAAGCAAAGGUGCUGAAGAAUCCCAAGGGAAAGGAGAAGAUACCAAAGGAGAGAAGAAAGGAUGAAACACAGAAUUUGUCUGUUGCCCUUCUUAAUGUUUCGAGCAAUUUCGGAAAAAUAUUUGGUGAUAUGAGCUCAAAUCUUGCUACAAUGGCGUAUGCUUGGUCAAAAGCUGAAGAAAGGGAGCAACUUAAAGAUGAUAAGAGCAACAAUGUCUUAGAGGAGGUGAUGAAGUUAGAAGUUUAUCUCCUUCCGAGGCUCUUCAAGCUGCUACUAUUCUGAUUGGAGAAGAACCAAAGCUUCGGAUCUUCCUUCAAGCUCCUCCAAGUAUGAAGAAACAAUAUGUGUUGGAUCUUCUUAAGAAGUAGUCUCCCUUGUAUGCUUUUGAUCAAUUUGGUUGUUAACAUUUAGUUUUCAAACUUUUGUCAUGUUUAUCUUAAAAAUAU